UUGUCCGAUUAUGUGAUGGAGUCACUAUCAGAGAACGUAAGGGCGCAACAACAAGCUUUGGGCAAACAGAAAUACGAUCUGUCAAAAUGGAAAUAUUCUGAACUACGAGAUGCAAUUAAUACUUCCUGUGAUAUUGAAUUACUUGAGGCUUGUCGUCAAGAAUUUCACCGUCGUCUAAAGGUUUACCAUGCUUGGAAAGCAAAGAAUCGUAAACGCACUACCAUGGAUGAAAAUGAACGUGCCCCUAAAAGUGUAAUGGAAGCGGCAACCAAGGCACCACCAUUAAUACAACCGAAACAUGAAAUCACAACAGCCCAACAUCGUUAUUUCCGGAUACCGUUUAUGAGAGCAAACGCACCUGAAAAUACUAAACGUGGUUUAUGGUAUGCACAUUUUGAUGGUCAGUGGAUAGCGAGGCAAAUGGAAUUACAUGCAGAUAAACCUCCAAUUCUUCUAAUAGCAGGCAUUGAUGACAUGCAGAUGUGUGAAUUGAGUUUGGAGGAAACUGGUCUGACUCGUAAGCGUGGUGCAGAAAUUUUAGAAAUUGAGUUUAAUCGUGAGUGGGAGAAGAAUGGAGGCAAACCAUACAAAAAUCUUGGCUCUCAAAUAUUAUAAAAAUGAACAUAUAAACACUUCCAGGAAACAAAAGGCGUUAAAAUAAUUGAAACUAUAAAAUUUAAAAUAUAAUAUUUAGUAUUGAAAAAUUUACUAAAAAUUCAAUAGUGAAAUAUAAUCGAAAAUAUUUUUAUAACUUUUUUGAUAUAAAAAUUUCCAAACAACUGUCAACAGAUGAUUUACUUUUCGAUUUAAAAGUGCCUUUGUGCUUGGAACUUAUAAAUUUCAAUGUUAAAAUAUAUUUAAAAACAGGAACGAAACUCAUUCCAAAUUAUGGAGUUCUUAUAAAAUUACUAAAAUUUAAAUGUAUUGUCUGAAACAGUAUUUUAAAUAAAACGUAUCAAUGUCCAAUA